AUGUGCAACCCCAGCUUUGUGACCUUCUACCAGAACAAAGGUGACCACCAUGACUGACAACCAGUGUUCAAAACUCCCAUUGUUCUAGGUGCGUUUGGCGACAUGGAAUUUCAUUAGCGCGAGCAGUUUCUGAGCUCUGGGCACAGUACUGCGCCUAAGAAUUCAGAUUAAAACUGCAGAGUGGAAGGAAGGGAGGGCCUUUUUAUGCCUCGCCACUUCCAGCUACUCUCUGAAAACUGGAGAAGAAGCCCUCUUAAAGGGGGGUGGGCAGGGGAAGGACUAGAUCAUGUGAAAACUGAACAUAAUAGCUGCAGUUCAUUUUCAGCUUUGUAUUCUUGUUAUUUUAAAAGCGUGCCUAGACAUUCUGUUCUUGCUCCCACAACCUCUAUGGUGUCAUUUAGCUCCUAGCUUUCAAAUCUCAGUCUCUAACACUGCUGAGAUCUCCCUGUUGAGCACUGUAAGGGAAAGCCUUUGCCUGUGUAGUUAUCAACAGACUACAGUCACUGACAGCAUCUGUUCUAAGCCACAGUGUGGCAUUAGAGCUGGGAGGUCAACAAUCAACAUGAUUUUCUCACGAUGCCAGCUGCAGGAGAAAUGCUGAGAGCAGAGACAAUCCUGGUACAUUGUCUUCCUGGACCUUACAAAGGCCUUUGAUCUUGUCAGCUGAAAAGGUCUCUCUGUUCUCGCCUCAUCUCUCUUUGGCACAUUCUUCUCCCUAUUGCUCUCAGAUGCCUUCGGCUCAACUGAAGAUGGUGUGUUCAUCCAUUCAAGGAGUGAUGGGAAUCUGCCCAACCCGGCACGUCUCCACUCCAAGACCAAGGUGUGGCAGGUCCUCAUCUGAGAGAGGUUGUUUGCAGAAGACGCAGCCUUGCGCACACCGAGGAAACUCUACAGAGACUCAUCAGCCAUUUUGUCCACACCUGCAGGGAGUUCGGCCUACCACCAGCCUGGUGAAGACCAACAUUUUGAGUCAGGACAUCACCAGCAUCACCACUGGUGAUCACAUGCUGGAGGUGGUAGACGAUUUUGUCUACCUGGGUUCCACCAUAACCAGCAAUCUCUCCCUUGAGGCUGAGCUGGACAAGCCUAUUGGCAAGGCAGCUAUGGCAAUGGCUCACCUCUCCAAAAGGGUUUGGGGGAAUGUGAUGCCAGCAUCCAAUACCAAGAUGAAGCUCUGCCAGGCUUGUGUGCUGAGCAUGUUGCUCUAUGGAAGUGAGUCGUGAACUUAUAACCAUCAGGAGUGACACUUCAGUGCCUUCCACAUGUGCUGCGUCAGGAAGAUUUUGAAUUGUCGCUGGACAGGAAAUAAUAAUAAUAAUAAUAAUAAUAAUAAUAAUAAUAAAUUUUAUUUAUACCCCGCCCUCCCCAGCCAAGACCGGGCUCAGGGUAGCUAACAUCAGAUAUAAAAACAAUUGAUUGAAAUACAACUUAAAAAACAAGAUUAAAAUACAACAUUAAAAUGCAGCCUCAUUUCAGUAGAAACUCAAAUCAAAAACUUUUUUGGUGAUGAAAACUUUUUUUGAACUGACUGACAAUAUGGAUUUGAUUGACACUUGGAGAACUAGGAAUCCCCUUGGUAGAGAGGGAACCUUUUUCUCUGAAGCCCAAAAGACAUGGACAAGAAUUGACCAAAUCUGGAUCACUAGAGGACUGGCACCUAAGGUUAGGAAGGUAGAGAUCUGCCCUAAGACGUGCUCCGACCAUAAUGCCGUGAGAAUGGAGAUGAAACUAACAUCUACUGGUUCCUUCAGAUGGAGGAUGAAUGACACCUUGUUUAGAGAUCAAGAGGUGAUUAAGAAGGCCCAAAAAACUUUGAGAGAUUACUUUGAGAUAAAUUUGAAUACAACUGUGGAAAAAAGAAUAAUCUGGGAUGCAAGUAAAGCGGUUAUGAGGGGGUUCCUGAUUCAACAGAACUCAGUAAAGAAGAGGGCCCAAAAUGCGAAAAAAGAAAUUUUUUUGGAAAAAAUAAAAGAGGGCGAGAAAAAACUGAGAGCGAAGCCCAAUUCACAAGAGAUUCUGAGGGAAAUAAAAUUGUAUCAAGUGCAGUAUAUGAAAAUGAUAAACCAGGAAGUGGAAUGGAAAAUUAAACAAAUGAGACAAAGGACUUUUGAAUCGGCAAAUAAAUGUGGGAAACUGCUAGCUUGGCAGAUGACGAAACGACAAAAACUUAAUACCAUCACUAAUUUGGAAGUGGAAGGGAAAAAUAUCCAGAAUCCAGUGGAAAUUAGGAAAUGUUUCCAGAGGUAUUUUAAACAACUAUACACACAAGGGCCCCAGAAAGAGUUUGAAAUAGACCAAUUUUUGAAAACUAAUGGAUUACAAAAAAAUCUCUCAAGAAAACAAGACAUUGUUGAACUACAAAAUUAUGGAAGAGGAGGUAGAAGGUGCCAUCCAGAAUAUGCAAUUGGGAAAAUCUCCAGGACCGGACGGCUUAACCUCAAGAUACUAUAGAACUCUGAAAGAUUGGAUAAUUCGACCAUUAAAGGAGGUGUGUAAUGAAAUUUUAGAGGGGAAAAGAGCGCCAGAGUCGUGGAAAGAAGCAUACAUUACACUUAUACCGAAAACUGAGACUGAAAAGACACAACUCAAGAACUACCGCCCCAUAUCCCUGUUAAAUGUGGAUUACAAAAUUUUUGCUGACAUUUUGGCUAAGAGGCUAAAAAAAGUGUUGAAAGAAGAGAUUCAUAAGGACCAAGCUGGCUUUCUUCCAGAUAGACAUCUUUCUGAUAACACGAGGAAUAUAAUUAAUAUUCUGGAGAAGUUGCAAGAGGAUAUUAAUACUAAAGCAGUUUUGAUCUUUGUGGAUGCAGAGAAAGCCUUUGACAAUAUUUCUUGGAGUUUUAUGAAGAAAAAUCUUCAGGGGAUGGGGGUAGGUCAAGAGUUUGAAAAUGGUAUAAGUGCAAUUUAUUCAGAACAAAAGGCCAAAUUAAUAGUUAAUAAUGUGGUAACAGAGGAAUUUAAGAUAGAGAAAGGGACACGACAAGGCUGCCCAAUUUCCCCACUACUUUUCAUUUCUGUUCUGGAGGUUUUGUUAAAUAUGAUUAGAAGGGACCAUUUGAUCAAAGGCAUAACGGUCGGAGCAAAACAAUAUAAACUGAAAGCCUUUGCAGAUGACCUAGUACUGACAUUACAGGAGCCAGAAUCUAGCACUAAAAGAGUACUAGAAUUGAUCCAAGAGUUUGGUCAUGUGGCAGGAUUUAAGUUGAAUAAGCUAAAAACUAAAGUUCUUGAGAAAAAUCUAACAAUGACUGAAAGAGAGAGGUUUCAGAAUGAGACAGGCUUAACAGUGGUAAAGAAAGUGAAGUACUUGGGGAUUAAUAUGACAGCUAAAAAUGGGAACUUAUUUAAGGACAACUAUGAAAAGUGUUGGUCGGACAUUAAAAAGGAUUUAGAAAUAUGGACAAAUUUGAAGCUUUCCUUGUUAGGCCGAAUUGCUGUUAUUAAGAUGAAUGUAUUGCCAAGAAUGUUGUUUUUGUUUCAAUCGCUACAAAUAAUAGAUAAAAUGGACUGUUUUAAGAAGUGGCAGAGAGACAUCUCUAAAUUCGUCUGGCAGGGCAAGAAGCCCAGAAUAAAAUUUAAAAUAUUAACCGAUGCAAAGGAUAGAGGUGGAUUUGCCCUGCCAGACCUUAAACUUUAUUACGAAUCAGCAGCUUUUUGCUGGCUGAAGGACUGGCUGCUUCUUGAGAACACAGACAUUUUGGAUUUAGAAGGUUUUAACAAUGUUUUCGGGUGGCAUGCAUAUUUGUGGUAUGACAAGGUUAAAGCUCACAAAACAUUCAAAAACCAUAUUGUCAGGAAAGCAUUGUUCAAUGUCUGGAUAAGAUACAAGGACUUACUUGAAAGCAAAACCCCAAGGUGGUUAUCACCAAUGGAGGCAAAGGCCCUGAAAAAGCUCAAUAUGGAGGCCAAGUGGCCAAAAUAUUGGGAGAUCUUGGAACAAGAAGGAGAUAAACUGAAAUUGCAGAGUUUUGAGAAACUAAAAGAUAGAGUGCGAGACUGGUUUCACUAUUAUCAAAUAAGAGAGGUUUACAAUUUGGACAGAAAAAUUGGCUUCCAGGUGGAAAAAUCAAAGUUAGAAACAGAACUGUUAGAUCCCAAAACGAAAAUACUUUCAAGAAUGUAUAACUUGCUGUUAAAAUGGAACACUCAAGAUGAAACGGUAAAAUCUGCCAUGAUUAAAUGGGCACAGGAUGUUGGACAUAACAUCAUGUUUGCUGACUGGGAACAGUUAUGGACCACAGGUAUGAAGUUUACAGCAUGUAAUGCUUUAAGAGAGAACAUAAUGAAAAUGGUAUACAGAUGGUACAUGACCCCAGUCAAGCUUGCAAAAAUCUAUCAUUUGCCCGAUAACAAAUGUUGGAAAUGUAAAGAAACUGAAGGUACAUUCUUUCACCUUUGGUGGACGUGCCCAAAGAUUAAGGCCUUCUGGGAAAUGAUAUAUAAUGAAUUGAAAAAGGUAUUUAAAUAUACCUUCUUGAAGAAACCAGAGGCCUUUCUCCUGGGCAUUGUCGGCCAAUUGGUGCCAAAGAAGGAUAGAACUUUCUUUAUGUACGCAACAACAGCAGCAAGAAUACUCAUCGCGAAGUAUUGGAAGACACCAGAUUUACCCACCUUGCAAGAAUGGCAGAUGAAGGUGAUUGACUACAUGGAAUUAGCAGAAAUGACCGGCAGAAUCCGUGACCAGGGAGAAGAGUUGGUGGAAGAAGAUUGGAAGAAAUUUAAAGACUAUUUGCAGAAAUACUGUAAAAUUAAGGAAUGCUAAAAUGAUGUCUGAUGUAAAAUAAGUGGUAUUGGUAAAAAGUUUUGCUUUUAAGAGUAUGUAAGUAUGGAUCGAUAAUGGUUAAAAAUAUAUAUUUAUAAUAGGUUAAGUUAUUGAGUUAAGAUAAAGGACAGAGGGUAAGGAUUUGCUGAAAGGAUUUUUUAAACGGGAAUACAAGCGGGGAGGUGUGAGGAGGUCAAAGAACCAAGGAAAGGAGACUGAGGACAAGAGAUGGAUUUAAUUCUAAAUUCUUUUUUAUUUUUUAUUCUUUAUCUUUAUUUUCUUUUUUAGUGUGAUAAUUUUCCCUUUUUUCUCUUUUAUGCUUAUGAUUUUUGUAUGUUUCUGUAUUUUUAUGUUAUGAAACUUAAUAAAUAUUAUUUAAAAAAAAAAAAGAAAACGUCAAGUCUUCACCAAGGCUAACUAUCCAGACUGGUCCUACAUGGGCCAGAAAAAAGCCAGGGAAGUCCCCAAAUAGGAGUUCCAUCACAGAAGGAGAAAGGAAAAAAAGAAAAAGGGCUAGGGGAUCAAGUUGAUUCCAAGCCAAAGGCCAGGUGGAACAACUCUGUCUUAUAGGCCCUGCGGAAAGAGAUCAGAUCCCACAGGGCCCUGGUCUCAUGAGACAGAGCAUUCCACCAGGUCGGCGCUAGUGUAGAAAAGGCCCUGGCUCUGGUUGAGGCUAAUCUGACUUCCUUAGGGCCCGGGACCUCUAGGGUGUUGCUAUUUAUGGACCUUAAGGUCCUCCAUGGGACAUACCAGGAGAGGCGGUCCCAUAGGUGCAAGGAUCCUACCAGGAAAGAGUUUCAAACAAACGUGCUCUCCCAAGUCCACAUUCCCAACAUGUUUGCACUCCUGUGUCAGAGACGUCUAUGCUGGCUUGGUCAUGGCUACACAAUGGAAGAUGGCAGGAUCCCCAAGGAUAUUCUCUAUGGGGCUUCAGGUACCAGGACCAUUGGCAGACCGACUGUGUUACAAAGAUGUCUGCAAAUGGCAACGUCAACCCUGACAUGUGGGAAUCCCUUGCAGAUGACCGCAGUGCUUGGAGGCAGACAGGCAGGUCAUGUAUUCAUAGCAAUGGCCAGAGGAGAAAUGACCUCUGGGAGGAGGGCAGAGAGAAGAAAGGUCAUGGUGCAUCUGCAGGAGCAUAAUGGGACGCCUUUGUCUUCUCCAGCUGCAACAAAUGUGUAUCUCCCCUAUUAGUCUCUGCAGCCACAGUAGGUGCUGCAACCUUCAAACAGUUUGACUUCACCCCAGAGGCUCACUCCUCCAUCUUCUCCUGAGACUGACAGGUACCAAUUUAGUGCAUCAUGGAUCCUACCCAUCUGGAUACGCAGGAGUAAGUGGGUAGGUACUGGCAGCAACUGCCAGAGAGUAAGACAGAGUGGCAGCCCUGCAGGGCUCUUGUAUUGCAGUUGGGCAACAAAGGGGUAUAAGAGACUCUCUUGAGCUUCUCCCUGCCCUUCGUUCCAGGGUGGACCUAACAAUGGCAGCAGUUCAAAUGUUGUGAAAGAGGCAGUUCUUAACUGAAAACAGUAUGGAAUAAAAGCAGCUUAUGGACUCCCAUCAAAUCUGGCAUGGUGCUCAGUAAUCAUCAUCAUCACCCCUCUGGUCAGUUCCAACACAUAUAAAAACACAAUAAAACACCAGAGGAAUGGCUUACGAAACCAAUGGACUAUGUUGAAAUGGCUAAAUUAAUUGCCAAACUAAGAACUGCCAAACUACAUGUAUCACCCAUACAUGUAGUUGCAGGCAGGAUUUGAAAUAAAAGCAGUUACUGGAAGAUUUAAUGAUAGUGAAGUUUAGAUAAUAAAUACAUAUGAAUUGUAAAACAGCUAAUAAAAAGAAGUAAAGUACAAACUUCAGGAAAGGAGGAGUAAAUAUCGCCAGAUAGGAAUAUCGCCAGACAGGGGACACACACACACACACACACACACACACACACACUAAAACAUCAGACAUUAAAAACUUCCCAAUACACUCUUGCAUCUUUGCACUUGUGUACAAAAGGAUCUCAAACCUUGUGGCAGAGAACUCUUGCACACGAAUUAUUAUUAUUAUUAUUAUUAUUAUUAUUAUCAUUAUCAUUAUCAAUAUUAUUAUUAUUAUUAUUAUUAUUAUUAAUUUGUACACCACCCAUCUGGCUGGGUUUCCCCAGCCACUCUGGGCGGCUUCCAACAAAGAUUAAAAAUACAUUAAAAUGUUACACAUUAAAAACUUCCCUUUCACAACCGCCCCACUUCACCGCCCCACAACCCUUUCCCAACAUUUCAUUUGUUCUGUAGUCUCCUCCCACUCUGUGUACAUAACUUGAUGAAUCACUGUUCUUGAAAUCAUUGCAACCAGUCUCUCGAAUCCCUUUCCAGGGGAGCAAGGGAGACACCGAACACGCUGAGAACGAUAAAAAAAUAAAACCCACCAGGAAAAAGAGAGAGAGGUGAGUCUGUGCUGUCUUGGGAGAUGCACACAUGCCUCAGGUGAUGGGAGAAAUCUUGCCUAGAGGAUGUGGCACGGUUGGUCCAUUUAGCUUAGUCUUGCCUAAGCUACACUGACAGGCAACAGCUGCCCAGGGUCUCUAACAGGAGUCCUACCCAGGUCUACCUGAAGAUGCUGGCGAUUGAACCUUGGACCUCCUGCAUGCAACGCAGAUGCUCUUAUCAUUAAGCUACAGCCCUUCCCUUAGUGUGGGUGGCAAGGAGAGGAAGCAGGGUUGGGGAGAAAUAAAAGGGGAUUGCAGAAAGGGAGAUGGAGAGACACCCUGCUUACUUUUGGCUCCAGCCCUGAUCACUGCUGGUGGCCCCUAGAAGAUUGAGGUAAAGGGGACCCCUGACCAUUAGGUCCAGUCGUGACCGACUCUGGGGUUGUGGCACUCAUCUCGCUUUAUUGGCCAAGGGAGCCGGUGUACAGCUUCCGGGUCAUGUGGCCAGCAUGACUAAGCCGUUUCUGGCGAACCAGAGCAGCGCACGUAAACGCCGUUUACCUUCCCGCCGGUGCGGUACCUAUUUAUCUACUUGCACUUUGACGUGCUUUCAAACUGCUACGUUGGCAGGAGCAGGGACUGAGCAACGGGAGCUCACCGCAUCGCGGGGAUUUGAACCGCCGACCUUCUGAUCGGCAAGUCCUAGGCUCUAUGGUUUAACCCACAGCACCACCCGUGUCCCCCCUAGAAGAUUACCACUGAGGGAAUGCGCCCCUCCAGAGGAAGAAUAGGUUACAACUCCCCUGCUCUUAACUUUCGAGCUAGCUGUCCUUCAAAACCAAAACUAGGCUUUAAAAUAAGAAAUUCCACCUCGGCUAUUCAGAGGUGUUAUGGGAACCACAAGGAGGAAGAGUGCUGUUGUGCUCAUGUCUUGUUUUUGAGCUUCCCAUGGGCAUCCUGAUCUAGAUGGGCCAAUCGACUGAUCCAACAGGACUCUUCUUCUGAAAUAGCGUGUUCUGUGUAUUCUACAAUUUCUGGGACGUUUCCCUUUCAGCUGCUGCAAUGGCCCCCCAUCUCCUUCCUUGGCUCUUGUGCCUCAUCCUUUCGCUGGUGGGACCCAGUUCAACUGCUGAAGAUGACUUGGUGGUGGUGACCAGCAGUGGCUCAGUCCAGGGGAAGCAUCUCUCGUCUGGCUUUGGCAACGUCACGGCCUUUUUAGGCAUCCCCUAUGCUGAGCCCCCUGUAGGCAAGCUGCGCUUCCAGAAGCCCGUUCCUCAUCAGCCAUGGAGCAAGGUCUUGGAGGCCACCAACUUCAGCAAUUCCUGCCCCCAGAUAGUUAUUUCCGGCACUCCAGAUGCCGAAACAUGGGCGGCCAACACGCCCCUCUCAGAGGACUGUCUCUACCUCAACGUCUGGGUGCCCCAUCCUCGGCCCUCCAAGCCAGCCGCUGUCCUUGUCUGGAUCUAUGGCGGGGCCUAUUUUAUUGGCACAACCUCCCUAGUGAUAUACAAUGCGGAAUUCCUCGCUGCUGCCGAGAAUGUCAUUGUGGUCUCCAUGAAUUACCGCCUGGGGCCUCUAGGUUUCCUUUCGUUGCCACCAGCUGUCCCAGGGAACAUGGGCCUGAUGGACCAGCAGCUAGCCAUGUCUUGGGUGAAGCAAAAUGCAGCUGCCUUUGGUGGAGACCCUACUCGGAUAACCAUUUUUGGCGUGAGUGCUGGGGGAGCCUCUGUUGCAUUUCACCUCCUCUCACCAGGGAGCCAGCCUCUUUUCCAUCGUGCUGUGCUAGAGAGUGGAGCUUCCGUCGCGGCCUGGGCUUGGCUGAAUCCUGAGGAGGCCAGGAGAAGAAGUCAGAAGCUGGCCAAAGAGAUGGGCUGUGCUCAAGAAGAGGUCCCUGCUUUGGUGAGUUGCUUGCAGGGAAAGAACGCAUCAGAGUUCCAAACCGCCCAGUUCCUUGUUGUGGACCCCACGGUGGUUCUGAAUCCACCCUUUGCACCGACAACGGAUGGGGAAUUCCUCACCGAUGAGCCGCGGAAGCUUCUAGAAUCCAAGAACUUCACGGCUAAGUCUAUCGUGAUUGGUACCACCUCCGACGAAGGGUCUAUCUUCGUCUUAUAUGCAAGCGCUUUUUUGAACACGACCAAAGACUGCCUUUUGACCCGGGAGCAACUGUUGAAGGGGCUGCAGAUCACCGUCCGCAACGCAACCAGUGACUUCAUCAAAGCUGCAGCUGAGAGGUACAGUCAGGCAGAACCUGAAGGCCCAGCAAGGUACCGUUCAGCCAUGGGGAAAGCCUGCAGCGAUUACCUUUUCGUCUGCCCAGUCACGGAUGUCGCCACAGCAGUGACAGAGGCUGGAAGCCCCGUGUACGUCUAUACAUUCCGCCACCGCAGCACUGGCUCUGUUUGGCCUGAAUGGCUGGGGGCCAUCCACGGAGCUGAGGUCCCGUAUGUUUUCGGAACUUUGACGCUGUUGAAAGGAACCAAGGAAAAGCACACAAAGGCAGAGUUGGAGCUUAUCUCCCGUGUCAUGCGAUACUGGGCGGAGUUUGCCCGAAGCGGGUAAGAGAACUUUUUGGUUUCUCCUUUCAGUCACCCUUGCCUCAACAGCACAAAGACAGUCGCUUCUCUAUGAGUACGACAACUUAGCCAAAAGACUUGUUUAUUGCUUUGAGAUUGAAAACAUGAAACUUAUGGGUAACCCACAACUUGUGCGUAUUCCAUACCCUCCAACAUUUCUCCGAUGAAAAUAGGGGCUUCCUAUUCCAUAAUAAUAACGUAUUAUUAUUUAGAUCCCGCCCAUCUGGCUGGGUUGCCCCAGACACUCUGGCAGGCUUCCAACAUACAGUGGUACCUCGGGUUAAGUACUUAAUUCAUUCCGGAGGUCCAUUCUUAACCUGAAACUGUUCUUAGCCUGAAGCACCACUUUAGCUAAUGGGGCCUCCCACUGCCGCCACGCCGCUGGAGCAUGAUUUCUGUUCUCAUCCUGAAGCAAAGUUCUUAACCCGAGGUAAUAUUUCUGAGUUAGCGGAGUCUGUAACCUGAAGCAUAUGUAACCUGAAGCGUAUGUAACCCGAGUUACCACUGUAUAUAAAAAACGUAGUAAACCAUUAAGCAUUUAAAAUCUUCCCUACGCAGGGAUGCCUUUAGAUGUCUUCUAAAGGUUGUAUAGUUCAGGGGUCAGCAACCUUUUUCAGCCAUGGGCCGGUCCACCGUCCCUCAGACCAUGUGGUGGGCCGGACUAUAUUUUGAAGGGGGGAAAUGAACAAAUUCCUAUGCCCCACAAAUAACCCAGAGAUGCAUUUUAAAUAAAAGGACACAUUCUACUCAUGUAAAAACACACUGACUCCCAGACAGUUCGCGGGCCGGAUUGAGAAAGCGAUUGGGCCUCAUCCAGCCUCCGGUCCUUAGGUUGCCUACCCCUGGUAUAGUUACUUAUCUCCUUGGCUUGAGGGGGUCACAUAACUCCACACCCUCCAAAAUUUCUCCCAUGAAAAUAGGGACGUCGUAAGGAAAAGCAGGACAUUCUGGGGUUACAUCAGAAACCAGGACGGCCUCUGUAAAUCCAGGACUCUCCCUAGAAAACAGGGACACUAAUGCCAGAGAGUCUCACAUUCAGCUUUACACUUUUGGCAAACCCCGCCCCCCCAAAUUAAAAGGGGGUGGAAAAUGGGUGGGUGUCCAGGAAAAAAUACUUGGUCAAUCCUGCCUGUCACUGAACCCAAUGUGUUUUGGCUAUGGUUUUGGCAAUGGUAAGUUGAGGGUGGCCUGUAUAAAAGCCAAGCUCAAACUAAGAUUAGGAAGCAUUUCUGAUAUUCUCAGUGUUCAAAAUUUUAGCUGAUAUCAUAAUUUGUGUGCAUACUAAUUAUAAAUAAUGUCAUUAUCUCAACCUCUCCGGAUCUAGCUUGCAUUUCUCUAUACAGUGGUACCUCAGGUUAAGUACUUAAUUCGUUCCAGAGGUCUGUUCUUAAGCUGAAACUGUUCUUAACCUGAAGCACCACUUUAGCUAAUGGGGCCUCCUGCUGCUGCCGCGCCGCUGGAGCACAAUUUCUGUUCUCAUCCUGAAGCAAAGUUCUGGGUUAGCGGAGGCUGUAACCUGAAGCGUAUGUAACCUGAAGCAUAUGUAACCCGAGGUACCACUGUACCAAGGUAGUUAUUCUGCUUAUUCUAUAACCCCACACUUCUUUCUCCUGUGGGUUGAGGCAGGUGGCUGCUAAUAGCUAAUCACGAUGAGCAGGCAAAACUGCCAAAAGCUGCUAUGCACUGAUAACACUGAUUGCAAGAAGGGUUGUUUCUGCAAGUGCAGAGUUGCACAAUUAACAGGCACUGCAUUGCGUUAUUGUUGGGGAUAGUGAGCAACCGAUUAGUGUGAAAGCAGAGCACACUUGUUAGCUAUAAUGCAAUUGCAUUACAGUGGUACCUCAGUUUUCGAACAGCUUAGUUCACGAACAACUUGGAAUGCAAACGCUGCAAAACUGGAAGUAGGUGUUCCGGUUUUCGAACUUCUUUUUUUGGGGAAGCCGAAUGUGCUCUGUUUUGAGUCCCCCUAUGUUUCCUGUUGCGCUGCUAAUUUGCGUCCCCCCAUUGUAAUUCAAGCCUUCUGUUUCCAAUUGUUAAACGGUGUUUCCAUGCGCUGCUCUGGUUCACCAGAAGCAGCUUAGUCAUGCUGGCCACAUGACCUGGAAGCUGUACACCGGCUCCCUCGGCCAAUAAAGCGAGAUGAGCACCGCAACCCCAGAGUCGGUCACGACUGGACCUAAUGGUCAGGGAUCCCUUUACCUUUUUUACAUUGUUUAUUACUUUCAUCUUAUGGAUCAAUAGUCUCGUAAAAUAGUAAAAUUCAUGUUAAAUUGCUGUUUUAGGGAUUGUUUUUAAAAGUCUGGAGCAGAUUAAUCUGUUUUGCCUUACUUUCUAUUGGAAAACACGUCUUGGUUUAGGAACGUUUUGGUUUGGGAACCAACUUCCAGAAUGGAUUAAGUUUGAGAACCAAGGUACCACUGUAUAGUUUUGAGAUCUGGUUCUCACAAAUCUGGAAAUUAAUAUUUUAAUGGACAAGAUGACAACUCAUGUACGAGAGAGUCAAACGGACAAGAAAAUCACUACUUCUCAAUCUACCAGUUUUAUUACAUACGUGACAUCGACAGAACAUAGUUACAGGCCUCCAAAACCACAUGGCGAUUGGUGGGAACUUUGCUUAACUGAAAUGACUAAAAAGUUAAAUGUAAUUAAAUAGACAUUUGGUGCUUUGCAGGGGCGGGGGUGGUAAAAUCAACUGUAUGAACCACUGUUUAUGACUGCAAAUAAAGAAAAACAAUGAGGGGGGAAUGCAUGCAAGUCCAUGAAAUAAGACUGCAAUAAAGAAAAUGCACCUUGAAAGAAAGAAAAAUAGUAUAUGUUACAUUAUAGUAAUUCUGGGGACGCUGGUUAAACUCUGUGGGUUAAACCACAGAGCCUAGGGCUUGCUGAUCGGAAGGUCGGCGAUUCGAUUCCCUGUGACGCGGUGAGCUCCCGUUGCUCGGUCCCAGCUACUACAAACCUAGCAGUUCAAAAGCACGAAGUGCAAGUAGAUAAAUAGGUACCACUCUGGCGGGAAGGUAAACAGCGUUUCCGUGUGCUGCUUUGGUUCGCCAGAAGCGGCUUAGUCAUGCUGGCCACAUGACCUGGAAGCUAUAUGCCGGCUCCCUCGGCCAAUAAAGCGAGAUGAGCGCCGCAACCCCAGAGUCGGCCACGACUGGACCUAAUGGUCACGGGUCCCCUUUACCCUUUACCUAUAGUAAUUCAACAAAUUUAAUUACUGCCUGGUUAGUCUAAAAUAAUUUUUUUAAAAAAGGAGAUUGGAUUAACAGUAUCAGAAAUAGUACUCCCAUCUAGUAUCAAAAAUAGCCAAUAUUUUGGACUUUCUGAAAUAUUAGGAAUGCCGUCCCAUCUUGAGUUUCACAGCAUACUCUUUGCAUAUACCAGAUUUCUCAGAAAGUGCACAAAUCUGUCUCUUAUUAUAGAAUCACAGAUCCAUUGGUCUGUGCGGUCUGUAAAAAGGAAACGGUUGCUCUUUUAACUGGAAAUCCUCUUUCUUCCUCCUCUACAUGCUUUUGUGAAAUCACAGCCUCGUUAGUCUUUGGCUCAAUGAGCUCUAACCCAAGUUUAGAAUAUAUAGCUGACGAUGAUGAAAAUGGGAGGCAUGUUAUCCCUCCCCCAAAAAAGGGCAACAUUACACUAGCUUAAUUAUGAACACGAGUCAAGUAUUUCACUGAUACUCAACAUGGUUGUUUCGGAAACUCUGUCAGAUGGGCAGGGUACAAGUAAUAAAUUAUAUUAUUAUUGUUAUUAUUAUUAUUAGAACGCCACACAUGUCUAACACUGUUUUAAGAAAGCAGAGUGGUGUAUCGUGUGCCUCACACAGGACCAGUGCUAUUUGAACAAUGAUUUAUUUGCUUCCCACUCAGCAACCCGAAUCCUUCCGAUGUCAACGAAACAAAAUGGCCCGUCUACGACCCGGCACAGCAGAACUUCUUCGUCCUCAGCACGGACCCACCCCGUGUGAUGGAGCCAUCGCCGGCUCAGCAGUGCAGUUUUUGGAAAACACUCCCAUCAGGGGCAUCAAAGCCAGGUAAGUGGAAAGGGGGAACAGACAGGGCCAAAUGCUUUCCUUGCAAUGGUCACCUGUCAUGGAUUCUUUAGCUGAGAUUCCUGCAUUGCAGGGGGUUGGACUAGAUGACCCUCAGAUCCCUUCCAACUCUGUGAUAGUAAUAAAUGUCCCCCACCACCAUUCAGGCAUGGCUUUUUCCAGUUAAAACACAAUGAUCUGGGUUUUACAUGAACAAAUUUCUCACUCGCGCACAUAUUCGCUUGGGGAGCUCAUUCUCACCUCAGAUAUCUCUUGAAGGUCUUUUGUUUAUGCUGACAGGCUUAUUCAAUUGCUUGCUGUCGUUUUUAUAUUUAUUUUGCAUUGCUUUAUGUGCAUUUUAUUGUAUUUCAUCAUCAUCAUCAUCAUCAUUUAUACCCCACCCAUCUGGCUGGGUUUCCCCAGCCACUCUGGGUGUCUUCCAACAAAAUAUUAAAAAAAGGAUAAAACAUCAGACAUUAAAAACUUCCCUAAACAGGGCUGCCUUCAGAUGUCUUCUAAAAGUCAGAGAGUUGUUUAUUUCCUUGACAUCUGAUGGGAGGACGUUCCACAGGCUAGGCGCCACUACCGAGAAGGCCCUCUGCCUGGUUCCCUGUAACCACACUUCUCGCAGUGAGGGAACCGCCAGAAGGCCCUCAGAGCUGAACCUCACUGUCCGAACUCAUAUGGGUGAGUGAAAUCCAAAUAUUUUUGUAAAUAAAAUAAAAAAUAGAUCAGAAGCUCAGUGUGGUGGUGGUAGCCCAGGAGAAGGGAAAUUCUCUGAGGCAGCCCUAAGUUUGCAUCUGGCACCUUCAUUGCCUAGUUUUUUGUCAUGUGCUGAAGACGUAACUUUUUAUGCUGGUCUUAGACACCUGGGAGAUAUAUUCUUAUGUCCUUAUUUUUAGCAUCCACCAUAUACUUACGACUUUAAUGGUUGAAAGCAUUUUUAUAUUUCAUUGCUGUAACCCACCCUGGGAUCUUACAGGGAAGGGUUGGUAAGAAAUCAAAAUACUACUACUAAUAAUAAUAAUAAGUUCAUUUCCUCCUUCAUUUGCCAUUAAAAAAAAAUCCAAGAAGAUGUCUUAUCCACACAGGAAUAUGA